AAAGUUGCUUUUUUUUAUGCCUUUUAAACACCACACCAUUCUUUCCCUUCUCAAUCAAUCCCAAUAUCAAAAUCAAUCCCUUUCUCUUUUUUUCCUCACCCUGUUUCUUUUCCUUCAUUUUUGCCUUAGAAAAACAAAGAAACCCCCCCCAUCUUCAUAUAUUUAAGAUUACUUGCUCAGACCCAGACCGACAACAAAGACAGCUGUUUUUGAUGUUUUCUUUUGGACAUGUUUCAAAGGUUUCGUUAUACAAAGAUCUUCCUUUAUUUCUAGACAAAAUCCCCAAAGCUGAAGUACCCCCAAAGUAGAGAUUUUUUGAUGGAUUUUUGAGGUCUCUCGCCUGCAAUCUUUGUGUUUUCAAGUUUCCCCAGAGAUUGAACGAGACGAGAUGAUGGCGGCGACCUCUGCCUGCAAAGAAGGGACCAAGAUAGCAAUGGAUAAUGGCAAGUAUGUGAGGUACACGCCGGAGCAAGUGGAAGCUUUAGAACGGCUCUACCAUGAGUGCCCCAAGCCAAGCUCCAUGCGUCGCCAACAGCUCAUUCGUGAGUGCCCCAUCCUCUCCAACAUCGAGCCUAAACAGAUCAAAGUUUGGUUCCAAAAUCGCAGAUGUAGAGAAAAACAAAGGAAAGAGGCAUCACGCCUCCAAGCUGUGAAUAGGAAGUUGACUGCUAUGAAUAAACUGUUAAUGGAGGAGAAUGAUAGGUUACAAAAGCAAGUUUCUCACCUUGUUUAUGAAAACAGCUAUUUCCGCCAACAGACUCAAAAUACGACCCUUGCCACCACAGAUACAAGCUGUGACUCGGCGGUGACGAGUGGUCAACACCAUUUGACUCCUCAGCAUCCUCCGAAGGAUGCCAGCCCUGCAGGACUUUUGUCCAUUGCAGAGGAAACUUUAACAGAGUUUCUUUCAAAGGCCACUGGAACUGCUGUGGAGUGGGUCCAAAUGCCUGGGAUGAAGCCUGGUCCGGAUUCCAUUGGAAUCGUUGCUAUUUCUCAUGGUUGCACUGGAGUUGCAGCACGUGCAUGUGGACUUGUGGGACUAGAUCCUACAAGAGUUGCUGAAAUCCUUAAAGAUCGGCCUUCAUGGUACCGUGAUUGCCGAGCUGUGGAUGUUAUAAACAUGUUGUCCACUGCUAAUGGUGGAACCAUCGAACUGCUUUAUAUGCAGCUCUACGCGCCUACAACAUUGGCACCAGCUCGCGACUUCUGGUUGCUGCGCUACACAUCUGUUAUGGAGGAUGGUAGUCUUGUGGUAUGUGAAAGAUCACUUAACAACACUCAAAAUGGUCCAAGCAUGCCGCCAGCAGUAAAUUUUGUGAGAGCGGAAUUGCUGCCUAGUGGUUACCUGAUUAGACCUUGUGAAGGGGGUGGUUCCAUCAUUCACAUAGUUGAUCACAUGGAUUUGGAGCCUUGGAGUGUUCCUGAAGUGUUGCGGCCCCUUUACGAGUCCUCAACUUUGCUUGCUCAGAAGACAACAAUGGCGGCUUUGCGUCAUUUGAGGCAGAUUUCUCAGGAAAUAUCUCAGCCGAAUGUUACUGGUUGGGGGAGAAGACCUGCAGCUCUGCGUGCACUUAGUCACAAAUUGAGCAAGGGAUUUAAUGAGGCUGUUAAUGGGUUUACUGAUGAAGGAUGGUCGAUGCUGGAAAGUGACGGCAUUGAUGACGUUACCCUCCUUGUGAACUCGUCUCCUGGAAAGAUGAUGGACAUAAAUUUUUCUUAUAGUAAUGGAUUUCCUUCAAUGGGAAAUGCGGUUCUAUGUGCCAAAGCAUCCAUGUUAUUGCAGAAUGUGCCGCCAGCGAUACUUCUCAGAUUCUUGCGGGAACAUCGAUCAGAGUGGGCAGACAGUGGUAUUGAUGCUUACUCUGCUGCUGCUGUCAAAGCUGGACCGUGUAGCUUGCCGGUGCCUCAAGGGGGAAGUUUUGGGGGUCAAGUCAUUCUUCCAUUGGCUCACACAAUUGAGCAUGAAGAGUUCAUGGAGGUUGUUAAGCUCGAAAAUGUGGGCCACUAUCAGGACAUGAUCAUGCCAAGUGAUAUCUUCCUCUUGCAGCUUUGUACUGGAGUUGAUGAGAAUGCAGUCAGCACCUGUGCUGAACUCAUCUUUGCUCCCAUUGAUGGUUCAUUCUCUGAGGAUUCGCCUAUUAUCCCUUCUGGUUUCCGCAUCAUCCCCCUUGAUUCUGGAAUGGAUGCAUCCAGUCCAAAUCGUACACUUGAUCUUGCCUCUACUCUUGAAGUUGGAGCUGCCGGAAACCGAGCAACUGGUGAUAAAUCUAGUUGUGGGAGCACAAAAUCUGUGAUGACAAUAGCAUUUCAGUUUGUACAUGAGAUGCAACUUCAAGAGAAUGUGGCAAUCAUGGCUCGACAAUACGUCCGGAGUAUUAUUGCCUCUGUUCAAAGGGUAGCAUUAGCACUUUCUCCUUCCUUCUUUGGUUCUCAUGCAGGUUUAGGGUCACCCCCUGGUACUCCUGAAGCACAAACACUUGCUCGCUGGAUUUGUCAAAGCUAUAGGUGCUAUAUGGGGGAUGAGCUGCUCAAACAUGAAGGAAGUGAAUUCAUUCUAAAAGUGCUUUGGCAUCACACAGAUGCGGUUCUGUGCUGCUCUUUGAAGGCACUACCAGUUUUCACAUUUGCAAAUCAAGCGGGACUUGACAUGCUCGAAACAACUUUGGUAUCACUUCAAGACAUUAGUUUGGAGAAAAUUUUCGAUGAGAACGGACGAAAAACCCUAUUUGCUGAGUUCCCACAAGUAAUGCAGCAGGGUUUUAUGUGCCUUCAAGGUGGUAUCUGCUUAUCAAGCAUGGGGAGGCCGGUCUCGUAUGAGAGAGCCGUUGCAUGGAAAGUGGUAAAUGAUGAAGAAAAUGCUCAUUGUAUCUGUUUCACUUUCAUCAACUGGUCUUUUGUAUGAAAAUUCUAAGAGAAAAUAGGAUUUAGAUAUCAACCUAGAUUAGAAGAUGCUCCCUUUCCAUUUUUUUCCCAAGACUUUUGUAGUUUGGAGAAACCUUUGAUGUGAUAUGAUACUGUUUUACAAGGAUAUCGAAUCAAAAUGGUAUGGGGGGCCUAGAUUUCGGUUGACCGCGUUUUUUUGUAUUUGCUCCCUCCUUAAUUGAUCGAUCACUAUUGUAAGUUAAUCAUGGAGUUGAGCAAUGGACAGCUUAGUUCAGUUGGUUCA